UUGAAAGAAUAGUGUUCGCAAAUUUUAGAAAAUAUCCAAUUUAGAAACGUUUUUAAGCAUAUUAUUUAAAUAAAAGUCUUAGGUUUAACAAAAAAUGGCAACUUCUACACAAAACGCAAUCACCCUGAAAGGUUCAGCUGCCAUCGUUGCCGAGUAUUUGAACUACGGCAUACACUCGAUCCUCUUCCAGCGGGGUAUAUACCCGCCGGAGCAGUUCACCAGUGUGCAGCAGUACGGCUUAACCAUUCUCAUGUCGACCGACGACAAAAUCAUCGCCUUCCUGCAGAACGUUCUCGGCCAGGCCCAGGAAUGGUUGGCCCGCAAUGAGGUCGAAAAAAUCACCAUGGUCAUUACGAACGUGCACACCAAGGAGGUCCUGGAGCAGUGGGAUUUCAAGGUGCACUGCGAACCGUGCGCGCCGGACGGUACAAAGAUCGAUCCGGUCAAUCCGACCGCCUCGAAGGAGCUGAAAAAGAUCCAGGCCGAAAUCCGCGAUGUGCUGCGUCAGAUUGCGGCCACCAUCAGCUAUCUGCCCCUGCUGGAGGCGAUCUGUACCUUCGACGUGCUGAUUCAUACGGUGAAAAACUGCGAGAUACCGGACAAGUGGAACGAAACCGACGAAGUGCACAUUCAGAAUGCGCAGUCGGUUCAGCUGAAAUCGUUCUCCACCGGACUGCAGAAGGUCGAUACGAUCGUUAACUACCGGCUGAUGGACUGAGG